CGCGCGAGGGCGCAUUGCCCUUCUCCCAAUGGCGGGCCGCGGGCCCCUUCCCGGCAGCCUCCCUAGGGCAGGGAGCGCGUCAUUUCCGGUGGGGAAGGCCCGCGGCUGCCGCCGCCAUUUCGGGCGCUGCUGUGAAGCUGAAACCGGAGCCGGUCCGCUGGGCGGCGGGCGCCGGGGGCCGGAGGGGCGCGCGCGGCGGCGGCACCCCAGCGUUUAGGCGCGGAGGCAGCCAUGGCGGGCAACUUCGACUCGGAGGAGCGGAGUAGCUGGUACUGGGGGCGGUUGAGUCGGCAGGAGGCGGUGGCGCUGCUGCAGGGCCAGCGGCACGGGGUGUUCCUGGUGCGGGACUCGAGCACCAGCCCCGGGGACUAUGUGCUCAGCGUCUCAGAGAACUCGCGCGUCUCCCACUACAUCAUCAACAGCAGCGGCCCGCGCCCGCCAGUGCCACCGUCGCCCGCCCAACCUCCGCCCGGGGUGAGCCCCUCCAGACUCCGAAUAGGAGAUCAAGAGUUUGAUUCAUUGCCUGCUUUACUGGAAUUCUACAAAAUACACUAUUUGGACACUACAACGUUGAUAGAACCGGUUUCCAGAUCCAGGCAGGGUAGUGGAGUGAUUCUCAGGCAGGAGGAGGCGGAGUAUGUGCGAGCCCUCUUUGACUUUAAUGGGAAUGAUGAGGAGGAUCUUCCCUUUAAGAAAGGAGACAUCUUGAGAAUCCGGGACAAGCCUGAAGAGCAGUGGUGGAAUGCGGAGGACAGCGAAGGCAAGAGAGGGAUGAUUCCAGUCCCUUACGUCGAGAAGUAUAGACCUGCCUCCGCCUCAGUAUCGGCUCUGAUUGGAGGUAACCAGGAGGGUUCCCACCCACAGCCACUGGGUGGGCCGGAGCCUGGGCCCUAUGCCCAACCCAGCGUCAACACUCCGCUCCCUAACCUCCAGAAUGGGCCCAUAUAUGCCAGGGUUAUCCAGAAGCGAGUCCCCAAUGCCUACGACAAGACAGCCUUGGCUUUGGAGGUCGGUGAGCUGGUAAAGGUUACGAAGAUUAAUGUGAGUGGUCAGUGGGAAGGGGAGUGUAAUGGCAAACGAGGUCACUUCCCAUUCACACAUGUCCGUCUGCUGGAUCAACAGAAUCCCGAUGAGGACUUCAGCUGAGUAUAGCUCAACAGUUUUGCUGACAGAUGGGAACAAUCUUUUUUUUUUUUUUUCCAACUGCCAUCUAUACAAUUUUCUUACAGAUGUCAAAAGCAGUCUAGUUUAUAUAAGCAUUCUGUUACCUGUGAUCUUUUUUUAGACUGAACUACUCCAUUCCUAGUCUUAUGUACCAUAUUCAGGGUACGAACUGGAGGGCUCGUGUGUUAGCUUCUGAAAUUGGCAAUUGGAGGAGGUAGUGGCCAUGCCUGUGUGUAUCAGAAGGGAUAGGUAUCUUGCCUCCUUUCUCUCAGGCAAUGCAAAUCACCCUGUGGAAAACCGAUGGACAGGAAGGAGUAUUACACACUGCUUACCCUGAUUUAUUCAGUGGUUUUGUUUUCAUUCUGGAACCAUACUAUCAAAUGGCGACAGACUGUUCCCUUCCACCCCCGUGAAGUAAUCAUGCACUGUGUGAAUAGUAUCAAGCAGGACUGCUUUCAUUGUAUGGAGCAUGACCAGCGUAUGACUCAUUCUGACAUUUCAGAUCCUAAGAAUUCUAAGAACACUACUAGAAGCUUUCGUUCCCUCCCAGUCGAUGCUUCAUACUUUUUCUUGGGAUUCUUUUAGCCCUUAACAUUCUUGUCCCCCAAACCUGUGAGUAGGUUAAUUCCUAAGAUAAGUGUGUAUUUUCAUUCCAGGUGAGAAGCAGAAUGUACCGAGCACUUUAUUCAGUGCAUAGCUUUAAGCCAGUGUUGGAUUCACUAAGUGGACAGCCAGUCUCCCAGCUCUCUGCCUUCCCCUAAAGGGUCGUUGUAGGUCACCCUUCUACAGCAGUUAACUAGAGUCCUAACUAAUGGGAUCCAGCAGGGCCAUUUCUCCUGAAGGCCAGUAUCCUAUUAGGAGACUCUUGGAAUUCUUAGGUUCUACUCAGAGUGGCAGGACCAAUCACCUCUAAUACUCUGUGGAAGGUUUUGGGGCCAAAUUCUGCCCUCUGCAUUCUGUGCGAGUUGUAUAAAAGUCAAGUUAGUAUUACAUGAGUUUGGGGUAGGGUUAGUGCUUUGAAAAAUGUUGAACUGGCCAGGCGGUGGCUCACGCCUGUAAUCCCAGCAGUUUGGGAGGCCAAGGCAGGUGGAUCACGAGGUCAGGAGUUCGAGAUCAGCCUGGCCAACAUGGUGAAUCCCCAUCUCUACUAAAGAUACAAAAAAUUAGCUGGGCGUGGUGGUGCGCGCCUGUAAUCCCAGCUACUCGGGAGGCUGAGGCAGGAGAAUUGCUUGAACCUGGGAGGUGGAGGUUCCAGUGAGCCGAGAUCACACCACUGCACUCCAGCCUGGGUGAUAGGGCAAGACUCUGUCUCAAAAAAAAAAAAAACAAAACAUGUUGAACCAAUCGUGAAUUACUUAUGUAUUAUUCAUUUCUCAUGAGGAGAGUAAUGCUGUUGAAGUACAUUACAUUAUAAACUGCCUUCAAUUUUGGCUUUUUAUGUUCAGGUUUAGUUUAUAAAUUGAUUUAAGUAUGGAAUGAUUUAUAUGGGGUAAGGUCCUCCAAAAAAUAGACUUAUGAGACCAAAAAUGAUCUAGGCUAUUUAGACUACAGCAUGAGACUUCCAAGUUAGUUCCCAGUCUAUAAAGGCACUUACCGGUCUGUGGUGUGGUAUGACCAGUAGAAACACCUUCUAGUUUGCUUUGGAACUCAUUUUGGAAAAAUAAUCUACCUUUUUAAUAGUUCUGCAUAGGUUAAUAUGAUAAAUUUGCAUUCUUUAAACCUAUACCAGAUUGUGGUAUCCGAGUGACUGGCACAUUGCCUAACACACAGUGUGCACGUGUUUGAGUGAAUGAGGAGAUGGAGAAACUGGUGACGUGGUACAGGGAAGCCAGCUGGCCCAGGAUUCCAUACAUGACCACAAGCAGACUAAUGAGUUGACGCUAAUUUAAUGUAUUUUUACCUCACACUAAGGUCGUGCUUGAUAAAGACAUUAAACUCAACUUGUAAAAGAUUAGCACAGUGCUGUGCACAGAGUGGGUGCUCAGUAGUGUUGAAUGAACAGGUUUGUAAUCCUAGAUGUAAUUCCAUCUGACUGCUUUGUUAAAUUUUCAGUUAGAACAUAGAUACUGUAAAAUCCAGAUACACAUUAAAUCUUGUUUUCCUGAAACUAUGGCAUCUAAAAUAUUUGUAGAAAAACAUUGUCGCAACUGAUUUGAAUGUUCCUAUUUUCUUUUCCUUUGACUUUGAUAUUGGCUUGUAAUGUCUCUUUUCAUCAUAUGUAAUAUCAGUGGAACAUGCAGCGCUCCUCAAGUCCUAAGGAUUCCUCAGUGAUCGGUGGUCCAGAGCCGUUCCGUGAACCGCUGGCCUGGAUUUGGCUGUUGGGUGUGGCAGUUAAUGCACCUCAAGAAAUCAAAGGAUGUCUUAUGUCUUCCCAAAAAAAGCAAAUGCUGAAAUCCUAUUGGCAAAGUAAACUGAAAUUGGCUGCUAUAUUUUAUAUAAUCACUUCUGCAAAUCCCGUUUUUGGAAUACUAAUAUUUGACAUGGUUAAUUCUAAUUAAUUUGUUGGAAUUGUUUAUUGUUAAUAAUGCAAAUAGAUAAUUUUUAAUUAUCCACAAGUAACAUUUCACUAUUAAUGGUUUGAAAUAGGUGAUAAGCAAACCAAUUUGAAAUAAAAUAUAAACAUGUGCCAUUGUAUUAUAACACUAUACACUUUCUUGACAGUUAAAUUUUAAAAAACUGUGUUUCGUAGCAUGUAUUGUAUGUGUUUAUAGUUUACAUAGCAAAUAAACAUAUGGCCAAAUGUUUGGCUUGCUGAUGUUUUG